CCAAAACUUUAUUUCUUUAUAAAAUAUCAACUACUCCUACAAUAAUUCAUUCUCAUUCCAAAACUUUUUAUUCCCCAACAUGCGUGAUUCAUGAGCUGCACAGCCGGGCUCCUCCCAUUCUUUGGCUCCGGCGCCAAGCUGCAGCCUCUUUCAUCUGCGGCCGCUUUGACAUUGUCUCCACCAGACUCUCAGAGGCGACUUACGCCAUCAACACCACACGUUUCUUCUAUUUUCAGCAUAUAUGGUGUCAUCAUGCAACUUGGCCACGCCAUGCUAGGCGCCGGCUCGGUCAGAGGCAAGAACCCUAUGAACAUCGUCCUAAUUAGUGUUCUUGACGCUGCUGCUGGAAGACUUAGCUACUACCUAUUCAGCUUCGCCGCUGCAGUAAUUACAAGCGAGACCAUUGCAGAGAGGACUCAGUUUGUGGCGUAUUUGAUAUACUCCAUUUUCCUCACUGGGUUCAUGUAUCCGGUGGUCUCGCAUUGGGUCUGGUCUCGCGACGGUUGGGCCGGCGCGGGCAAAGUUGAUGGGAACCUUCUCUUCAUUUCAGGUGCCAUCGACUUCUCCGGUUCAGGAGUGAUCCACAUGGUCGGUGGCAUUGCCGGUUUAUGAGGGCACUCAUUCAGGGGCCGAGGAUCGGCCGGUUUGACAACAUAGGUCGAUCAGUGGCAUUGUGCGGCCGCAUCGCGCCACUAGUGGUCCUAGAGACGUUCCUUAUUUGGUUCGGGUGGUAUUUGUAUAACCCCGGUUCGUUCCAUACGAUCGUGGAGUCGUAUGGUACUAGGGGAACCUACUACGGCCAGUGGAGCGCGAUAGGCAGGACAACUGGUCACGACCACAUUGUCAGGAAGCACGGGUGCCAUGACCAUCCUAUUUGCGAAGAGGUUAUUUCAGGUGCAUUGGAAUGUGAUUGACAUGUACAUAUUUAUAAUUAAAAAUAGACAUAGUGUAGUCACGUUGUCAAUAAAUGGUGUCAAUUAUCAAGCCACAUUGCACAAUAACACAAUGUUACUUACUGUAAUAUACCUUAAACCUUUAAUAAUAUAAUAUUAUUAUAUUAUUAAUAUUUUAUUGAGGUUUAUUCUCCAA